AAAAACCCUAUUUUCCCCACUCACACUCGCGCUAUCCCUCUAGGGUUUCUCUCUCUCUCUCUCAAACUAUGGCAGACGAAGGCCAAUACUCUUCAGGCCCCGACUCAGGUAGCCACAAGCGCAAAUACGAUGACCAGGGGCCGCCGUCUUCCGUUGGCCGGAGGUCCACAGGGUUCUCGUCUCCAGAUUCCGCUCCUCCUCCUUCCUAUAACAGCGUCCCGCCACCGCUUGACGGCAUCGAGAUGGCCAAGCAGCGAGCUCAGGAGAUUGCUGCUCGCCUUACGGCGGCCUCCGCUGGCUCUGAAGCCAAGCGCCCUCGUGUCGAGAACGGUUCUGGCGGUGGUUUUGAUAACGAGAAGGGAUUUAUGUCCGGUCCUUCUGAUAUAAAGCAUAUGUCAAGCUCUGCUCCUUCGGCAAUACCUGUUUCAUAUGGUAGCUACCAUGGUACUAGCAAAAAGAUUGACAUUCCACAAAAUAGGGUUGGUGUUAUAAUUGGCAAAGCUGGAGAAACCAUUAAAUAUCUUCAACUGCAAUCUGGCGCAAAGAUUCAGGUCCAGCGAGAUAUGGAUUCAGAUCCUAAUUCCGUGACUAGGCCUGUGGAGCUCAUGGGUACUGCUGAACAAAUAGCUAAGGCUGAGCAGUUGAUAAAUGAUGUUCUGGCGGAGGCUGAAGCAGGAGGUUCUGGCAUAGUUUCUCGAAGAUUGACAGGACAUGCUGGAAGUGAGCACUUUGAAAUGAAGAUACCAAAUAACAAGGUUGGCCUGGUGAUUGGUAAAGGUGGUGAAACAAUUAAAAAUAUGCAAGCUAGAACUGGAGCUCGUAUUCAGGUGAUCCCGUUGCACUUGCCCCCGGGUGAUACAUCUACAGAAAGGACAUUACACAUAGAUGGGACUAGUGAACAGAUUAAAACUGCUAGAGAAUUGGUUGAUGAGGUCAUAAGUGAGAAUCGUAUGAGAAAUCCAGCAAUGGCUGGAGGUUAUCAACAGCAAGGAUAUCAAGCACGACCACCUGCAAACUGGGGCCAAGGGGCUCCUCAAAUGCAGCAACCUGGCUAUGGUUAUAUGCAACCUGGAGCUUAUCCUGGCCCUUCACCACAGUAUAACAUGUCUCAGCCACCUUAUGGGGGCUAUCCUUCCCAACCUUCAUCUGGUGGAUAUGCCUCUGGUUGGGACCAGUCAGCUAUACCACCAAACCAGCAAAGUUCUUCUGCAGGUGGUUAUGAUUACUAUAAUCAACAGCAGCCUUCACAGCAGCAGCAAACGCCUGGUGGUUCAGCAGCUCCAACUGAUAAUAGUGGUUACCAUUACAGUCAGCCACCAGCUUCUGGCUACAUGCAACCAGGACAAGGUUAUGCUCAGGAUGGCUAUGGUGGAUACCAUGCACCUCCACAAUCAGGUUAUGGACAACCAGCAUCAUAUGAACAACAAGGUUAUGGCUCGGCACAAAGCUAUGGCAGUGCAACGAACCCUACUCAAGAGGGUCACACUCCCUCCUAUGGUGGUCAAGGAGAUGCUGGUCAAGCACCUACUUCUACCCAACCUUCUGCGGUGGGUCAGCAAGGGUACAAUACAAGUCAGGUGCCUAGCCCAAAUCCUGGCAGUUAUCCACCUCAAGGAAGUACUCAACCUAGUUACAGUCAGAGUGGCUAUGGGAGUCAACCACCAGCUCAGUCGGGCUAUGGACCUGGGUAUGGACCACCACAAGGGCAGAAACCACUGGUCAAUCACCCUGCCUAUGGGCAGACACAGCAGUCUCCUACCACCCCAGGAAGCUAUGGCCAGGCAGGAUAUCUAUCGCAGCCUCCAUCUUCUGGCUAUGGACAAGCAGAAUCAGGUUUGCAACGGCCUCAAUCAUCUACUUAUGGUGGUGCUGCAGCUGCGCAGCCGGGAUAUGGUGCCCCACCCUAUGCAGCACAAUAUAACGCCUCUUAUAGCAGUUAUUCACAGCCUCCAGCAUAUCCUUCUGACAGCAAUGCAAGUGGGGGCACUCGUGGGACUUAUGAGGCAGCGCCAGCUGCUCAAACCGGGCAGCAAGGUGGAGCUGGAAAUGCAUCACCGCGAACUUGAUUAGGGGUAAGUUUGUUUUAAGACGAUUAAAUAUUUUGGUACUUGAUGCAAAUGGUUUUAUUGUACUCCAGGUAGAUCUAGCUAUAGUUUUUGCAAUGUGAUUUAAAGUAAUGCUAGUGUUUACUUCGAUAUUUUGAUGCUGCAAAUGGUUUUGGAUGGUUUAA